AUGCAGCUCCUCCACCACUGCAACUGCACUUACGACACGCCCAUCUCGUACAGUCCUUUCGUUUUCUCUCAGAAUAUCUCUUGCUCAAACUGCGGCACAAUAUCUACAGGUAUCAACGUCCAGGGGAAAGCAGCAGAAGACGCAAACAUGCAGCAAGAUGAGCUUACCCGGUUGUUUUCAGCCAAUAUGAACUUGUCGCAAGGAAACGUACAGCCCAUGCAACCACGGAUGCACCAAGAGCAACAAAUGCAGCAGCAAGAGCAAGAGCAAGAAGAGACCCCGAAGCAGAUCGUCUACGCUUCCCAACACUACACCCAUUCAUACCACGUACCUACUCGCAGUUCCUCCGAGCCGGCCUUGAAGACGCACAUCGACUCGUCGGAUCUCGCGGCUGUACUCCUAAGGAACAGCAUCGACCCCACUCUUCUGUUCCCUUCACAGAUCGAGCUCUUCCAAAAUGCGGAUGAUGAUCAACGGCUCCGUCUCCUGGAGCUUUGGCGUAUAUCUCCUCCAUCAGGGCGUCAAGGCCACCCAGCAGGCGUAGACUACAACAUGUCUAGACAGCUUUACGACUGGCCGCCCACCAGCCUAGCACAGGAGGAGGCAAUGGCGAAGUUGAGAUACGAGAAGCAGCAGGCAGAGUCGGCGCAACAAGAGGCUAUUCAGCAGCACCAGCAGCAUCUGGAACAGAGCAUGUCUGCAGCAGCUGAACCCUAUAUGGCGUCGGGAUAUGAGAUGAUGGCUAGGCGCGAGUAUGAACAGUCGGCGCGAGCUGAGAAAGAAUCGAACAAGUACAACCAGGCCACCGACCCGGUCUACAACAACACAGGGAGCAAUGGGCUCUGGCAGAAGAACGCGAGUAGCGUCGCGGAUAUGGAGAACACUUACGGGGCGUAUGCAUAUGCGCGAGAAUAUGGACUGCACGGCGGAUAUGGCGAUGAGGAGAUGGUCAUGUAA